CACAAUAAUGCAUGUUGCAGACACAAUGUGGAAAGAAGACUUCAUAUCAGACAUUGACUUUAAAUGUGAGGACUUUAUUAAUGAUAACUUAGACCAAAUUCUGAGAAAUAAUUUUACCAAUUAGGCUUCAAAUAUUAAUCUGAGAAGUUACCUGUUAGUCUUUAGCAAUAUCCUUCAAACAAUGUCUCAUGCUUCUUCUUCCAAAGUCUGCAAGUACGAUAUCUUUUUGAGUUUUAGAGGUGAGGAUACGCGUAGAACCUUUGUGAGUCAUCUCUAUAAUGCUUUGGAACAGAGAGGAAUCCAUGCUUUCAAAGACGAUGAACGGUUGGAGGCAGGACAAUCAAUUUCUGCUGAACUUUUAAAAGCCAUAGAAGACGCCAGAUUCGCUGUCGUGGUAUUUUCAAAAAGCUAUGCAUCCUCAAGACGGUGCUUAGAGGAGCUUGCACACAUCAUAAAGUGUAAAAUGGAAUUGGAGCAGGUUGUGAUUCCAGUAUUCUAUGAUGUGAGUCCAUCAAAUGUACGCCAUCAAAAUUCCCCUUUCGCGGAUUCAUUUUUCCAACACGAGGUAGAAUACAAAGAUGAUAUGGAGAAGGUUCAAAGAUGGAGAGGUGCAUUUGCGGAGGCAGGCAAAUUAUCAGGCUAUCAUUUACUAAAUUUCAAGGAUGAGGCAGCGUGCAUCAAGAAACUAGUUGAUGACAUAUUUUCUAAGUCACUUCAAAUUAUUUCAGCUUUUCCCGAAAAGCUUAGUGGGUAUGAAAUCUCAGGCUGAGAAAGUAACCUCAUUAUUAGAUAUGGAAUCAAAUGAUGUUCGUUCUAUUGGUAUUUGGGGUAUGGGCGGCAUCGCCAAAACAGAAAUUGCAACUGUUCUACAUCAAUUUGAAGCUGAUUGUUUUCUCGGUGAUGUUGGAAAACUUCAUCAGAAAAAUGGACUAACAUGGCUAGAAACAAGUCGUCAUUUGCAAGCUCUUGGGUGAAAAAUUGACUCUUAACUAGUGAGGAUGAAGGGAUGAAUAUUUUAAAGAAUAUGCUUCGUUGGAAGAAAGUUCUGUUCACCAUCGAUGACGUAAACCAUCAAGAACAGUUGGAAUUUUGGGUUGGAGAACCAGAAUGGUAUGAAAAGGAAGACAUGAGUGAUGCAAACGUCUGUCUAUCACUUAUUUUACGUCACAAAUUUCAAAUUAUAUUUUGCUUUCUUUCUUAAAUUUCGUACUCAAACCAAACACGUAUCGUAAAAUGGUAUGGAAAGAGUAUGUGCUACAUUGUUAGUACAAUUUGUAUAUGAGGGGUUUGUAUCAAUGAUACAUGGAUGAAAUUUUUACUAAUUAUAAGGCUUAAGUCA